GACAAAGACGAGAGGAAAGGAAGAGGGAACGGCGCCGAAGGUAGCUUCUCGAUUCUGAACGUGAAACUCAAGUCGUCCUCCACUUCCAUCCUUGCCUGCCGUCGCCGUGCUCCACCGCCGUCUUCCUCUGCACUCAAGGUCCUUGCUUUGAUUUCUGGUGGCUGCGUUUUCGUUUCUUUCUUGCUCUGUUGCGCAAGUGGUCUCCUCCCUUCCUUUGCUGAAAUUGUUCUGUGGCAGUAGGAGAGCCAUCCGUUUUAUUCUCUUCUUUCUCCUUUGCUGCGGUGCUAGAAAGUUUGCUCUUGCUAGCUGGUGCAACCCCCAUCUUCCUCCUUCUUGUUCUCGCCGAUUUCUCCUUGUGCGUUUGCUUGCGCUUCUGUUUCCGCAGCCGGCUUCAAAACCUUGACAUCCGCAGGGAGACUCACAAUUUACAGACACUCACUUCUCCCUCCCUCCCUCCCUCUAUUUUCACGCGCUUAUGUUCAGAUUGAAAUUCACUUUCGCUCAAAUCUAGCUGUUAAAAUUCAUUAUUCGGUUGUAAAAUGAAAAAGCGAAAAUCGAAGGAAGCUUCCAGCUCUGAAACCCUGGGAGAACAUCUCCAGGCCGAUGACGAGACUCUUCAACGCGAGGCCUCUCCAAUUGAUAAUGAAGCACAGGAAGUUGAUGCGAGUUCCCAAAUGAAGAAGAAGAAGAGGAAGAAGAAAGUUAUGGCGGGCAACUCUGGGACUGCGCCGGAGGAAAAGGACAUUAAUGCCACGAAGAAAACCAGUUCACAUUCCAGUGGUGAGAAAACGGAUGGUAGAAAAAAUAAAAUGAAGAAACGGUUGUUGAAGGAGGCAGAGAAGGCCGAUAAGCGUGGCGUCUGCUAUUUGAGUCGGAUUCCGCCGCAUAUGGACCACCUAAAGCUUCGGCGCAUUCUCUCACAAUUUGGUGAUAUUCAAAGGAUUUAUCUUGCUCCUGAAGGAGAUUCUGCUUCUCGAGCACCUUCAAAGUCAUCGCGUAGAUCUCGAGACCAAGUAUUUUCGGAAGGAUGGGUUGAAUUCACUGACAAAAGAGUAGCAAAGAAAGUUGCUAAUAUGUUAAAUGGUGAACAGAUAGGGGGAAAGAAGAGAUCAGCAUUCUACUAUGACCUUUGGAAUAUUAAAUACUUGAGUAAAUUCAAAUGGGAUGAUCUGACUGAAGAACUUGCCUUCAAGAAAGCCGUUCGGGAGCAAAAACUAGCUGUAGAACUUUCUGCUGCCAAAAGAGAGAGGGAUUUCUAUCUUUCUAAGGUUGAUCAGUCACGUGCUUUGAGUUCUAUAGAGGAACGACUAAGGAAGAAGCAAAAACUUGAUCAGAAUUCAGGAAAAAUUGCAAAAGUGAUUCGCAAUUUCCCUCAGAAAAAACCAAUAUCUGCUAAUGCUGACGGGAAUAAACCCAGAGUCUCUGAUGAUGUAUUGGAUGCGGUAUUUGGUGGUUUGUAAUGCAUGUCUUGAAAUCAGCAGCCAAUUUUGUUAAAUCCUAAGGACAGCAUGGACAUCGCUUUCCCAGUUUGAUUGUGUUAGACUUAUUUAUGAUGUAUUUUCAUGAUUCAACAGUGAUUCUUCUAACACGAUCUUCUUUUCGUCCAGCGAAGAUUUUGUAGGAAAAAUCAAAUUUAAAACCUUGUGGAUGAUGUACCAGAUUACGGUGCCUAAUUGAUCAAUAUUCUGUUUGCUAUGAUGGUUUA